GUUAUCUUUCGAUCGUCGCUUGGCGGUACCACACCCGCAAUUCCCAAUGCGCCAAGGCACUCCGACUCGUCGCUUGGUAAGUCUCUCGCUGGGUAUAAGUCGCGUGUAUUGUCUUCGAAUGGCGGUGACACCCAGCGUCACGACUCUCCCAUCCAUGCAAUACUACGUAGCACCUCUCUACAUUACUUACAGGAUACAGACAGAGUUAGUAAGGGAGAGGAAAAUACAUGAAUAUCCGUCGUUACGAUACACAUCGCUAUCAACCCGCGCCCCUUCUGCUUUCACUGCCCGUCGAACUAGUCUCCCUACGCCACAACACAACCACGCGACUGUUUCUCCGGUGGCCCCCUCCCUCCAGCGCGUCUACGUGCUUCGCCCUGAGACUGAGCGCAGUUCAGCAUGUCCCAGACGACAGGCCCAGUGCGGCGUCCUGGUGUGACGCAUGAAUGAUUAAUAAAUAUAGCCGUCGAGCGGCAUAAGCGAUGCGCACGCCAUGCUGUGCCUCCUGUGUGGGAUGGCUAGCACUGGGUCAUCCCGUCCUCCCCGCGCGGUAA